UAUUUAUUUCUUCAUGACUCACUGACUCACUCUCUCUGUUCUAGUCACAAUAACAAUGGCAAAGAAGGAGUUGUUGAAGGAAUAUGAAGGUGAUGAGUCCAACAAGAAGGAAGUGACUCGUAGUGACUUCCCUCCAAACUUCUUCUUUGGCGUGGCCACUUCUGCCUAUCAGGUGGAAGGAGCCUACAAGGAGGGUGGUAGGGGUCCAAGUAUUUGGGAUGCUUUUUCACACACUGAGGGAAAGAUCAUUGACAAAAGCAAUGGUGAUGUGGCAGUGGAUCAAUAUCAUAGAUACAAGGAAGAUGUUGAACUUAUAGCCAAGUUGGGAUUCGAAUAUUAUCGCUUUUCCAUAUCAUGGUCUCGUAUCUUCCCUGAUGGUUUAGGAACCAAAAUCAAUGAUGAAGGGAUUAAUUACUACAACAAUCUUAUUAAUGCUCUUCUUGAAAAAGGUAUCCAGCCUUGCAUAACUUUGUACCAUUGGGAUCUUCCUUUGCAUCUUCAUGAGACAAUGGGAGGGUGGUUGAAUAAGCAAAUUGUAAAAUAUUUUGCAAUCUAUGCAGACACUUGCUUUGCAAGUUUUGGUGAUAGAGUAAAAAUCUGGAUUACAAUUAAUGAGCCCCUUCAAACUGCUGUGAAUGGAUAUGAUGUGGGGGGAUUUGCUCCUGGAAGAUGUCAAGGUUCUUCAAUAGAACCAUAUUUGGCUGCGCACCACCAGAUCUUGGCCCAUGCAGCAGCUGUUUCAAUAUACAGAAGCAAGUAUAAGGACAAGCAAGGGGGACAAGUAGGCUUGGUGCUAGACUGUGAGUGGGCAGAGGCUAAUUCAGAAAAAAAUGAAGAUAAAACUGCUGCAGCAAGACGUCUUGAUUUUCAGCUUGGAUGGUAUCUGCAUCCAAUAUACUAUGGAGACUAUCCUGACGUUAUGCAAGAAAGGCUUGGAGAUCGGCUUCCCAAAUUUUCAGAGGAAGAAAAGGAUUUGCUUAGGAACUCAAUCGACUUUGUUGGUCUGAAUCACUAUACAUCAAGGUUUAUUGCUCAUGUACCAGAUAGCCCUGAAGAAGGUGAUUUCUAUAAAGCCCAAGAGAUGGAGAGAAUUGUUGAAUGGGAAGGGGGUGAGAAAAUUGGUGAGAAGGCAGCAUCGGAAUGGCUUUAUGUUGUUCCUUGGGGCAUUCGGAAGGUUCUCAAUUACAUAGCACAGAGAUACAAUAAUCCUCCAAUAUACGUGACUGAGAAUGGUAUGGAUGAUGAAGAUAAUGAAACUUCUCCACUUCAUGAGAUGCUCGAUGACAAAUUGAGAGUUGUUUACUUCAAAAGAUACCUUGCUGCUGUUGCUCAGGCAAUCAAGGAUGGAGUAGAUGUCAGAGGAUAUUUUGCAUGGUCAUUACUAGACAACUUUGAGUGGGCUCAAGGUUAUACCAAGCGUUUUGGUUUGGUUUAUGUUGAUUACAAAAACGGGCUCUCUCGGCACCCGAAGUCUUCUGCUUAUUGGUUCUUGCGGUUCUUGAAAGGUGGUGAAGGGAAAAAUGGCAAGAAAGACUAAUUGACUUGUGCCAGUCUUCAAUUAAUUUUUGAAGCACAUAUAAAAAGCCUGGUCUUACAAAUUGUCCAAACCUAUUUGUGCUUAUUAAAAGUGUUUGCAAUUGAGUUUUUAGCCAUAAAGGACUUUAGGAUUUGUAAACUUGUGAUCUUCAUAUCCUGUCCAUGCAAAGAGAGAAAAAGUUUGCCUUAUAUCCUAUAUAAGUUAUAUCCCGUCCAGUACUAGUGAUGGUUCCCAAAGUGAUGGUAUCCAAUACACUUGUGGACCAAUGUGCAAAUUGUGGCUAAAUGUAUAUCUCCAUAGAACUCUUAAGAGCCUUUUUGGGGUGUAAUCCAACUUUAACCUAUUUGAGUUUUUGGCUUUCUUUUUAAUACUAUUUAUAAGUUUCAUUGUACUA